AUGCGCGUCUUCUUCCUUGUUGCUCUGCUCGCCCUGGUGGCCAUGGCUGCGGCCCAGGGACGUCCUGGCGGUCCACCACGUGGUCCUCCUCAUGGAGGUCCAGGCGGACCAGGAGGACCUCCUCAGGGCGGACCAGGAGGACCUCCUCAGGGCGGACCAGGAAAACCUCCACAGGGUGGACCAGGUGGUCAGGGUGGUCAGGGGCCACCACAAGGCGGCAAUUCCAGCUCCUCCGAGUCUUCCGCCGAGUCCUCCGCAGCCUCCUCUGAGGAGAGCUCCAGUGACUCAUCCGCCUAA